CAUGGAGAAGCUGCUGGUGGAGAACGUGGCCCCGAACAUCCGCGCCUCCAACACCCACCUGCAGACCUUCUCCUUCACCAAGGUGGACCUGGGGGAGAAGCCCCUCCGCAUCCUGGGCGUGAAGGUCCAUGCUGGUGCCACCAAGCAGCAGAUCUUGCUCGACCUGACGCUCAGCUAUGUGGGUGACAUCCAGAUUGAUGUGGAGGUGAAGAAGUUCUUCUGCAAGGCUGGGGUCAAGGGCAUGCAGGUGAGACCCUCCUGGCCCCCUACCCAUGUUGGUGGGGUGGGCGCUGUGCCAGGGCAGCGCUGGCACUAGGGGGCGCUGCCCCCCCACAGUGGCUGCUCCCAAUUGCCCUCCUUUGAACAUGGGGCAGGAUUGGGAGUAGAGGCGUGGAUGGGGUGAGGGCUGGGGGGGGGCAGAA